AACGAGGUUUAUAACAUGGUGAGUUUUAGCUUCCAUUUCUGUUUUUUGGUUUUGUUUGCAAUCUUUCUUACCCCAACCCAUAGUCUUGGUCGCAUAUGCCUGCCAAAACAACAUGUUGCCCUAUUCAUCUUAGGGGAUUCAUUAUUCGAUGCUGGAAACAAUGACUAUAUCAACACCACCACUGAUAACCUAGCAAAUUAUGGACCGUAUGGGGAGACCUUCUUCAACUACCCCACAGGAAGAUAUUCUAAUGGACGUCUAAUCCCAGAUUUUAUUGCUGAGUUUGCAAAGUUGCCAUUCAUUACGCCACAUUUGUAUCCCGGUUAUCAUCAGUAUACUGACGGGACAAACUUUGCUUCUGCGGGAGCCGGGGCUCUUGUCGAAACUAACCAAGGAUUAGUGAUUGACCUAAAAACUCAACUACAUUAUUAUAAGAAAUUGGCGAAGCUGUUGAGGACAAGACUAGGACAUGAAGAAGCCAAGAAAUUAUUGGCGAGAGCGGUUUACUUAAUUAGCAUUGGCAGCAAUGAUUAUUUUGCCCUUUCCACCUCAAAUUCAAGUGCUCUUCAAACCUACUCUCCGGAAGAAUACAUAGAUAUAGUGAUCGGCAACUUAAUAACUGUGAUAAAAGGAAUAUAUAAGAAAGGUGGAAGGAAAAUUGCGAUUCCAAACUUGGCACCGUUGGGUUGUUUGCCAAUUGCAAGAGCACUAAGUUCGAAUAACACAGGUGCAUGCGUUGAGGAACUUUCAACACUAGCAAAAUUGCACAAUGAAGCACUUUCUAAGUCCUUGCAGGAGCUAGAAAAUCAGCUCGAUGGAUUCAAAUAUUCAAUAGCGGAUACCUACACUUCUCUAAGUGAAAGAAUAAAUAACCCUUCGAAAUAUGGUUUCGAGAUAAGCAAGAUUGCAUGUUGUGGAACCGGUCCAUAUAGAGGAAUUUUUAGUUGUGGAGGGAAGAGAUCUGUCAAAGAAUACAAAUUAUGUCAUAAUGUUAGUGAAUAUGUGUUCUUUGACUCCAUUCAUCCCUCUGAAAAGGCCAACCAACAAUUUGCUGAGCUAAUGUGGAAUGGAACUCCUAAUAUCACAGGACCUUACAAUCUCAAAGCAUUGUUUGAAAACUAAUGAAUGUAAAUUCGAUUUUUUUUUUUUUUUUUUUU